CCGAGCCGGCUUCUGAGGGCGGCAGCAGUGCAACCACCGCCACCGCCGCGGUGGGAAGACGGACCCACAGGCACGGAGGGCCAAGGCGCCGCGCCGGGGGCCGGACGGAGCCUGGACCGGCUGCAGCAGCUGCCGCCCAGAUCCGGGCUCCUGAACGCGGGUUCCCACCAUGUUGCAGAGGACCAGCAGGAGGAUCCCUUCUCCCCUGGCUCCUGGGAUACCACCAUGUUAGCCUUGCAGAGCCCAGGGGCCACGGAGCUCUGUUCCGUAGGGGGAGACAUGAUGGCCAACCAUGUGGACCUCCUGACUGAGCUUCAGCUCCUGGAGAAGGUGCCCACCUUGGAGAGGCUGCGGGCGGCCCAGAAACGCCGAGCCCAGCAACUGAAGAAAUGGGCCCAGUAUGAGAAAGAGCUUCAGCACCGCAAGCGGAAACAUGAAAAGAAGAGGAGCACUGCUAGUCGUAAGAAGGUGUCCUUCGAGGCCAGCGUGGCAUUGCUUGAGGCUUCCUUAAGGAACGAUGCUGAGGAAGUGCGCUACUUUCUGAAGAGCAAGAUAAGCCCUGACCUAUGCAAUGAAGAUGGACUCACUGCACUGCAUCAGUGCUGCAUUGACAACUUUGAAGAGAUAGUCAAGCUUCUGCUGAGCCACGGGGCCAACGUCAAUGCCAAGGACAAUGAGCUGUGGACACCUCUGCAUGCUGCUGCCACCUGCGGCCACAUCAACCUGGUGAAAAUCCUCAUUCAAUAUGGGGCAGAUCUGCUUGCAGUCAACUCAGAUGGAAACAUGCCCUAUGACCUCUGUGAAGAUGAACCGACUCUCGAUGUGAUCGAGACUUGCAUGGCAUAUCAGGGCAUCACCCAAGAGAAAAUCAAUGAGAUGCGGGCAGCUCCUGAACAACAGAUGAUCACCGACAUCCACUGUAUGAUUGCGGCAGGUCAGGACCUGGACUGGACUGAUGCUCAAGGAGCCACUCUGCUGCACAUUGCCGGGGCCAAUGGAUUCCUUCAUGCAGCUGAGCUCCUUCUUGAUCAGGGAGUACGAGUGGAUGUCAAGGACUGGGAUGGCUGGGAGCCUCUCCAUGCAGCUGCCUUCUGGGGCCAGAUGCAGAUGGCGGAGCUGCUGGUGUCCCAUGGAGCUAGUCUCAGUGCUCGGACGUCCAUGGAUGAGAUGCCAAUAGACCUAUGUGAGGAGGAGGAGUUCAAGGUGUUGCUGUUGGAGCUGAAGCACAAACAUGACGUGAUCAUGAAGUCCCAACUGAGGCACAAGUCUUCACUGAGUCGGCGCACAUCCAGUGCAGGGAGUCGAGGGAAGGUGGUAAGACGGGCAAGUCUGUCAGACAGGACCAACUUGUACCGGAAGGAGUAUGAGGAGGAAGCCAUUGUGUGGCAGCAGAGGGCCUCAGCAGAGGAGCAGAGAAACUCCAUCUACAAUGGGGAUGUCAGAGAGACUCGUUCUGAUCAAGAGAACAAGGACCCGAACACUAUGCUGGAAAAGCCAUUGCUUCUUUCUGAAUUUAUGACCAAGAGCACAUUGGGAAACACAGAGCUACCCAUCCAGAAUGGUCUCCGGGGUCCAGUCAGCACUUACCCAUACUCAUUGUCUAAUGGGGACAUGCCUAUCCAGAAUGGACUCCGGGCUCCGGCCACCACCCACCAAUAUUCUCUUGCCAAUGGUGACAUCUGGAAGGUUCAUGAGGUGCCAGACUACACCCUGAGUGCAUCUCUUCCCUAUGGUAGCCCUGGCCUUCAUGACAUGCCACAGCCCUGGAAUGUAUACAAGGAACCCAGCCACCAGACGCUGUCAGAGCUGAAGCGGCAGAGGGCAGCUGCCAAGCUCCUCAGCCACCCCUUUCUGAACCCCCACCUAGGUGGUGGGGUGACAGGGGUGGGUGAGGGCAGCAAUGAGAGCAAGACCCCCCUGAUUGGAACAAGAACUUCUCCUUACAGUGCCAAUGGGACUUCUGUAUAUUACACAGUAGCCAGUGGGGACCCUCCUCUCCUAAAGUUCAAGGCCCCAAUGGAGGAGAUGGAGGAGAAAGUGCGAGGCUGUUGCCGAAUUUCUUAGUUCUGCUGCAGCCAUGUCCCUGGACUCAGGAGAGAGAAGGACCUGGUCAUGGCUAAGGCAUGGAGCAUUCCUGAGCCUGGCCUGGGGCAAGUACCUGAGGGGCAGCCUUGUGGGAUGGAGAGUAGAAAAAAUGAGGCCGAUUCUCAUUUUCAGAGAGGAAAAUUUUACACAGUUGUCCUCAAUCCUGGUGUCACUCUGAACUGCCCACCCCUGAGAACUUACCUUGGACUAUACUUAUCACCAUUCUGAAUGAAGAAUACCAGUUUUUAGCCUUGUGCAAGUGACUGCCAGAUGUCUGAAAUGGGACACGAGGAAUCCCGCUCUGCUCUUGUGAAGCACUUGCAGCCCUAGUGUUUAAACUCCUACAUGUCUCUCACAUGCAUAUGUGCAUACACACAAACAUGCACACACCCACACAUGCACACACCCACACAUGCAUGUACAAACCACUUGUGGCCCCAUUUGUGCCAAAGACCAAGGUGGAUGGCUAUAAAUGGGAAGGUUCAUGUGCAGCCUGGGCCCUGAGAAUAUUGCUUAUAUGAGUAACUGGUGUUGACACAGGAUGUGUGUGAGACAGCAGUAGAAUGUCUGUGGUGUAAGGUGUUUUCCAAACUAUAGCUCAAGACCCAUGGCGGGAGUGAGGUCCAACUCUACUGCAGCAAGGCUGCAGCCAUGGUUAACUCUGUGGUUAUGUUCAGCAGGGGUGCCUGAGGGUAUUUAUGCCUCUUGGGGUCUCCCUAGCAGUACCCCUUAAUAGAAUCAAAGCAAGAACCCUAAGUCAUCUUGGAAGUUGGAGACUGACAGCACCAUGCACACAUGUACUCCAUGUUUGUUGAGUGAAUAGGUGAAUGACCAGUUUCAUAGCCAUAGUCAGUAGGGGCUCUUUCCUGCGCAUCAUUCCAAGGGAGGUGAGAAUCCGUGAAAUUGUCCAGAGAAGCUGCCCUAUCAAUCCCACUAAGACAAUGCCUCACUUUGUAGGAUGUGGUCCCCCGGAGAGUCCACUGUCAGAGAUAAAAAAUCAGGUUGCUCCAAUCUCAUUUGAUUUUUAAAACUCCACAUGGAAUUUUGCCAGUUAGCUCUACAAAAUUAACAUUUUAAAAAGAAAAAAUCUUGCAAGACUAGUAAAAGUCAAGGGGAAAUUACAUUUGUCUCCAGUCAAGGAGAUUCUCAUGUUGGCUCCUGUCUGUCAAGGCACAGUUGUGUAAGGGAAAGAUCACUGGAUUUUGUAUCUGGAGCACCUGGGUUCCAAUUGUGAUUCUCCUAAUUACUAGCUGUGCAACCUUGGGCAGGUCAGUGAAGUUGUCUGGACCUGUUUCUUUAUCUAUAAAAUUAGUGAGAUGGACCAGAUGAUCUUUAAGAUUCCUCCCAACUCUUGAUACCUGGAUCUCAUGAAACUCAGGGACCAGCCAGUUUUUGGCUACUGAGUUAUCUGCCUCUCAAUACUCCAGCCUAGGGAAAUAGGAACUCAUGUUGCCAAUUUAUGAAAACAUCACUGUAGGAGUGAGACUUAGCUUAAAGCACAUAGCUAAUCCCUGUAGUGUUUAAAGUGGACAAGUGCUAAUGUCCCCAGCCCUUCAGGUGCUGGUAACAGAAGUAGGAUCCCUGAUGGGGCUAAGUGGUCAAUACAAGAUUCUGAAAUGCUUUCACUGCCUCCCAAGCACAUCCAGCUUUAUUUUUGUGCCCAUGUGUUGUGGGUACAGAGUCUCCUUUCUGGUGAACUGCAAGCACAGGAUAUGGAGGGUGACAGGGCUACUCCUGGAGGCAUAGACAGUCAACUAAUCUGUGCUGAUGGAGCCCAUGCCAGGACUGGUAAUGUUCAUCCCAGCAGAAAGCAUUUGGUUCUUAUUAAAGGUGACAGGAGGUGAGGAGGAGGCAAGCAUGGUGCAUAUGACUGAUGAGGCCAUUUAUUCAGUGGCUCUUCAGGAAGCACAGCAUGCAGGAAGGCAGUAAGGGACUAGCCCAUUGAAGAAAUGGAGUUUCUAGGUUGCCUGUGUUCCAAAGGAACCUGGGCUUCACAAGCAGAAGGAAAUCACCCCAACAUUAUUUCCACAAUCCCUCCAGCCCAGGAUUCUUUCUCUGAUAGGAGCCAUCGAGUGGCUUGAUUGCUCCCAAACAACUGAAAUUUUCAGCUUAGCCCAUUACGACGACUACCAUGGUGAAUUUAUUUCCUCCUUUGGAGGAAGCUGUUUAUCUAUUCAGCCUCAAUCGCCUCUUGGGGGGCAGGGGAACAGUAAAUUUCAUGUUUCCUUUCCACUUAAGCAGGAUAAAUAAACUACCUCUUUUCAGCUCCAUGGAGGUGCCCACGUUCUAGCUUCCAAGAUUUGGGGAACGAGUACAUGUUUAUCCCUUUCUAUAAGUUAGAGUGAUCCAAAGGUGGAAUGGGUUGCCCCAGGAGGUCCCUCACUGGAGGUGUUGAAGCAGAAGUCACAGAACAACUUGUUGGAGAUGUUACAGCAUGGAUCCCUCCUUGGGUACAGGUUGGGUUAAAGGCCCUCUGAGGUUCCUUCCAGCUUUGAGAUUCCUUAAUUUCUUGAGUCAGCAAACAAAUUUCUCUGCAAGCUGAUGGACUAACUUUUUAUUAAAGAUCUGGGUCAGGGGUGGCGGCUGUGAUAUACAUAGUCCCUGCUGCCAGAGAGGCUGAGACUGGUGGAAUCUUUGAUAUCAGGGAUUCUGUGCUGUAGUGGGCUAAGCUGACUGGGUAUCUGAGUUAAGUGUAACACCAAUAUGGUGAGCUUCAUGGAGCAGAGGUCCAUCAAGCUGCCUAAGGAGGGGUUAACCAUCCCAGGUGAGGAGAAAAAAAAGAGGUCAAAACUUGCCUACUGAUUAGAAAUGGAAUCUGUGGUAAGUGGCCAACUGCACUUUUAACUUGGAUGAGACAGAGAGGGCUAGGCUCAAAAAAGAAAAAAAACCCCCAAAAUAUUCCAGAGGUAUAUAAACAACAUGUGUACAUUUAUGCAGACACAUCUGUAUAUGCAAACACAUCUUUAUAUGCAGCCCUUACACGAAACAGUGAUGCCUGAUAAUUUUUACAUUGUGUUUUAUAUGUUAAUAGCCCUUUACCAUCAUGAUUUGACUGAUUCACUCAACCCUAGACAGGUCCAGAAGCUGAGACCAUUGUCUUCAGGAACCUGAGACAGAGAGAUAAAGGUGGAGGUAGAAAUAGUGGGCUGGCAAAGGCCUUUCAGUGAGCCAGAGCUGGAUGGGGAGAACUCAAGUGUUUUUGAGAUAUGAUCUGACACCUUGCUACUGUAAGAAGGUGGACAGCACCCUGACUCCAAAAGACUAGCUAGGAUUGGGCAUCUCAGAUGAGGACAAGACAGAGAAGAUAGCUGGGGUCCACAGCUGCCCCAGGAGUUGGCACACAUGAACAGUUUUACCUUGUUUGUGCUGUAGAACAGAUGGAGUAUAGUGACAUUUUAAGUGUCCACAUGUCUCGAGAACCAGGGGAGGGGCUAAUCCAAAAACCAUGUACUUAGUAACUAUAUUAUUGCAGACCAGUCCUGAAAUCUACUCAGUCCAGACUGGCCUCCAUGCUGGGUGGGAAGGUGGCAAGGUGUGUAGCAGCAAAGAGAUAGGAGCUGACCAUAUCUGACCUCUAGUUGUACCUGAUGACAUGCAGACCUGAUGACUUUAGUCCUAAAUAUAUAAGGACUCUAGGGCAUGCCUAUCCGAUGUGUCCACUUCUAGACUCCCUGGUCUGAGUUCUGUCCAGGGCCUCUCAUGUAAGGUGUAUCUGCGUGUGAGGUGGAGGUUCUCCAAGGGUUUCUUUGGCUCCCAGUCUCCACAGAUGAAGUCAACUGGCUUGGAAGAAUUGCAGAAGUCUCUAUGGCUGAAUCUCAAGUUACAGAUUGUGGAGAGCACAGGGAAGGGUCUGCCAGACUGAGAAAUUGAGAGAACGAUGAUCUUACCUACUACAUCUACUUCAGGGCAGCUAUUAUGGGUCCUUCUCCAGUGUGCCCUUGCAGUGGGAUAAGGCUGACUCCCUGAAGAGGAAACUCUGAGCUUUGUCAUUUCAGCCAGGGAUUAAAGCCUCCUUGUUUCAAGGGCAUUAAAUAUAGGAAAUAAACUUGUCCAGCUUCUCAUGGGUUUGCCUGGAGGCAGGGGGAUGUGAUAGUAGAAAAAGCCAGGUGAGUCAAAGACCCCCAAGCCUAGUUUUUUCUUGUGCCUAAUCAAUGCAAAGCAGAAACCUGCGAACACAAUGGAGCCAAACAGGGCCCUGUUUGUUGUCUCCCUAGCAGCUAGGUAAAUUAAUAACCAGAGACUUUGCCUACUGUGGAGAUAGGACCCCACUGACAGGUUCUCUGAUUAACUUCCUGUUGUGGGAUAUACAACAAAGGAACACUGAUGUGCUGAGAUACAAAGCCAUGGCUACAGGUGUAUGAAGCUUGCCUAACUUUAAAUGUGGCCUUAUUGGGCACCACCCAAUGUGUCAUCUCAGUUCUGCCCCUGUAUGGGGAGGCGCAAGGAUUUCUACACUCACCAUAUUGCUGGACUCUUCCAAAAUGGAGGACUUACUUGUGUCAUAGCUGACCAGAGCUGCAGCCCCAGACUCAUAGAUGCCUGGCCUGAGUCAGAAUGGCCUCUCUCCAUUAUCCUUUUGUUUCUCACAUGCUCGGUGUUGCACUAGUCAACACAAGCUUGACAAGGAAACCAUUGCUGCCUCCUAGAGUGGAUUUGGCCUGACAGUGUCUGCAUCAGAACAGUAUCUAAGAGAUCAGCGAUGGCAGCCAGCUUGGAAGGAGAGUGUAACUUGAAGUCACAAGGACUUGAGUUCAAAUCCCAGCUCUGACACUUACUACCUGUGUGGCCUUGAGCAAGUGACUUAACCUCUCUAGGCCUCAGUUUCCUCCUCUGUAAAAUGAGGCCCAUGUGCUAGCUGACCUCAAAGGUCCCUUCCAGCUCUAAAAAUGAGAUUCUAAAUUCUUGCUGAUGCCAUCUCCUGCUCUGGUUGACACAGAUCUUUGAUUAAUAUGACUUAGCAAGAAGUGGAACAAAGGCUUCUUCAUCUUUGCUGAGGAAAAUUUCCCGUCUCCUUGAAGAAAUGACUCUGCCUCCUCUUCUCUUAGACUGAGGAAUGGGGGGAAGGAUGGAGAAGUUGGACAGUUUACCAGAUCCUUCCGAGUUACAGCUCUGGCACCAUUAUUUACUUUGAAUUGUGAAUUCCUUCAAAACCAGAAACACCCAUAUUCAACCACAGGUGCAAAAAGAACACCGCAAAGCCAAAAGAGAUUUACAGGUUAUCCAUACUGAUAUACAUAUGUGUAUAUAUGCGUGUGUUUAUACACACAUGUGGGUUUCUUAUUCUUGGUUAUCUGCUAUAAAAUUUAAACAUUUUGUUUAACAUAUGCUUAUAUGUUUAAUGUUUUGCUUAACAUAUGCUUAUAUUUUGUAGCAGAUAACUGAGAAUUAGAAACAAUCUGCCUUUCUCUAACACCUUAACCCAUUUGGUAUGAGCUUUCAUCUGGCCAAGAGCUAGUCCGAGAGAGUUUUUUAAGGUCACAGUCACAGGCUACCGGCUGCUAAGGCCUCGGGCUUAGUGGUGACUGUUAGAUGAACUGUCUGCCCAUGGAGUCUUAAGUCAAUUACCGUGACCUUAGAACUUAUUAAUAGAUCGUAAGCUCCAUGAGGGCAGGUACCUCAUCUUAUUUAUCUUUACAUCUCCCCCAUGCAGUGCUGUGCACAAAGUAGAUACUUAAUAAGCAUUUGUUAAAUUUAAAUUUUGUUUCACCAGAAGAAAAAAUAGUGUUGCCAAUUGGUUGAUCAAAAUCAAUAAUUUUAAGCCAUAAGAAAUUUUUUAAAAUGGGGGCUUUUCUUUCUUUAUAGUUUGCUAUGUACAAAAUUAAGCUAUACCAUUUCCAGAUUUCUCUUCCUCCUAGAUUUGUUGCAGAACAUGAUGGUAUUUUUCAGAAUAGUCCAAGGAGCAUUUCCACAAGGGUGCCCCCCAUAAGAUACCAGAAGGGUAUCUUCUUUAAUUUUUCAUCAUCUAUAAUCAAACAAGCCUAUCCCUCACUCCUUUGGCAUCUAGUAAGAGUAAGGUCUAUGGUUAGGCCCCAGAGGGCAUCUGAGUAUGAGAUGGGAGCUACCACACAGGCAGUGAAAUUGGGCCUGGUUUAGAAACCACAAAGGCCUUUUUACAGGAGUGCUGAAUGCAGUGUAGAUAGGCAUAUUAAGUGGUGUGUAGCAGGGUGCAGACCUGAGCAUCCAGGACAUGUUUGAAGAUACCUAACCCCCUGCAAUAACUAAUUCACCAGGCCAGAAGCCACCGAUGUAUAUAAAACACUUAACAAAAUGUAUUUUAUGUGAGAAAUGUAUGAACACUGUAUAUUGUAUUAGCAACUUUGUGUAAAAAAAUUGGUAAUCAACAGAGUAAUAUAUUUAAAACAUUUUUUAAAGACAACCACCGAUCUUUGAUAUUGUAUGGAAGUGACUUCAUGUUGUACCUUGAAGUCUAACUGGUGGUUUCUCACUGUAUGGAGACAGUGCGUCUGGUCCCCAGGGCGCUGUGCAUGCCAGAUGGGGACCUGUGACAAGAGCAGCUUCUAAAUGGCAGUGUCCUUCAUAGGACAUGA